GCCUUUGCCUUUUGUUUCUCACUUUCUCGUCGUCUCUCCUCUCUCUCUCUCUCCGCUCUUUGAAAGUAAAAAAAGUUGGUCGCUUUACUCAUUGAAGCAUUUACAGUACACAUUUUAAUCUCAAACAGCGAUGAUGCAUCGAAUUCUCCUGUUUGUGAUUUUGGGUUUUCUCCUAUCUCUUUCAGGUGUUGAACCGAUUUCGUUCAAGAUCACGAAUCGUUGCCGGAACACGAUUUGGCCCGGUUUGCUCUCCGGCGCUAACUCUGCGCCGCUCCCCACUACUGGCUUUCGUCUCUCUAGAGGGAAAUCCAAGACCGUCGCAAUACCACCGUCCUGGUCUGGUCGUCUCUGGGCACGAACCUUGUGUUCACAAGAUCCUAGUUCCGGUUCUUUCCUCUGCUUAACCGGAGACUGCGGCUCAGGAAAGGUUGAAUGUUCUGGCUCCGGAGCUAAGCCUCCAGCAACGCUCGCCGAGUUUACUCUCAACGGCACCGGAGCGCUAGACUUCUACGACGUCAGCCUCGUCGACGGUUACAACCUCCCCAUGCUUAUCUUGCCCAAGAAAAUCGUCCUUGGAGGAUGCGGAGCCACCGGUUGUCUCGUGGACUUGAACGGCGCGUGCCCCAGAGACCUGAAGCUGGUGGCGCGUGGGAAAGGAAACGGUGUGGCUUGCCGUAGCGCGUGCGAGGCAUUCGGCGAUCCAAGGUAUUGCUGCAGCGAUGCCUACGCUACGCCGGACACGUGUCAGCCUUCGGUCUACUCGCUCUUCUUUAAGCAUGCGUGCCCACGAGCCUACAGCUACGCCUAUGACGAUAAGACCAGCACUUACACUUGCGCCACCGGAGCCGAUUACUUCAUCAUCUUCUGUCCGCCGCCGUAUACAAGUUGGAUUGGAAUGAGAGUAAGUGUACACCAUUACGGGUAAGCAUUUGGCGUGAGCAAGUGUUGAUUGGAAUGGUUUAGUUUGCACCGUGUCAAAAUGAUUGGUUGGAUUGUUGAGUUCGACAAAGAUGGGAGUGAGGAGCUCCAUUGUUGAAACUGUACUUGGGUGUGAUGAGGUUAGCAAGAGUUGGUUGAUACGGGUUUUGUUUGCAGCGAGAAGCUGUUAGGAUCGAGGAAAGAUGGGGCAACUCUGCCGCUAGUAAACAAGAGCAUGAUACAUUUGCCGCAUCCGCACAGCAGCUGAGAGCCGCCUCUUUUAUAUGUAUAAAUAAAUAAAGUCCCUAUUGAUUUGCAUAAGGUCCUUUUUACAUUGUCUGGUGAGGUUACUUACUAAUUGUUAUCAUUUCCCUCUUCCUUGUUGUAGGCAGAUAGCAAAAUUCAUGUGUAGAAAAAUGUCAUUACGGUGAUACGAAGCAAAUUGUAAAUCUCUCUGUUCUGUUCUGUUCUGUCAUUCGAAAUUUUCCCAAGAGUUGUUGUUUCUGUCCUCUGCUUUUUUCUUGAAUCAUAAGAUAGAAGAAGUCCCUCUUAUGUAACGGAUGAUUUUUAAGAAAAUGAAUAUAAAAGUUAAUAAUGCGAGUAA